AUGGGCGACUGGUUGCUAGCGGUGCACGCUGGAGCUGGAAAAUAUGGUGACUCCGCCACGGAACCUGCGUACCUCUCGUUGCUUCGAGCAGCGCUUGAGAGUGCGCACGAUCGCAUUCUUGCAGACGCCCGAAGGCCGCCUUCUGCCGCGCAAAUAGCUGUCCAUUUGCUGCGCGCGUUCGAGCACAGCAGCUUCACAAACGCCGGACGUGGUGCGAAUUUGACGGAACACGGGCAAGUCGAGUGCGAAGCGAGUGUUGUGUGUGGUCGAACGGGAUCGGUCGCGUGUUGCGGAGCCGUGCGGGGCGUGCGAGAGCCGAGUGCGCUGGCGCUGAAGUUACUGGAGCAAGCAGAGCGCGCAGGCGACCGCGACGUGAAGAGGAAGUUCGCGUGUGGUCGACAGCCGCCGCUGGUGCUUGUGGGCGAACACACUCGACAAGUGGCUCGCGACUUUGGUCUUGAGACAGCAACGGACGAUGCCGAAGCACUAAAGACGUACCACGUGACGCCAAAGUCUCGAGCACAUUGGGCCAAGUGGCACGAGCGAUUCCAAGCGGCAACGGCGCGCAAAGCUGAAGCAACGACGAAGACGAGAGGCGACAAUGAGGACGUUGAGCACUUGGAUACGGUCGGAUCAGUCUGUAUGGACUCGAUGGGGAACGUAGCAGCGGCAUUGUCAAGUGGUGGGGUGCUGUACAAAGUCCCCGGGCGUCUGGGGCUUGCAGGAUGUCCCCGCAUGGGCUGCGAUGCUGCGAACGCUCGUGGGACACAGACCACAAGUCGCAAGCGAAAGCGAAGAGAGCGUAGGAACGUGGCAAAUGCUUUUGCUGUGGCGUGUACGGGUCGAGGCGAGCAGUUCAUGCAGCAUCGUGUCGUGAGCGGCUUCCGUCGACGAUUGUCCAAGUCGGCGAAUCUCGAGAAAGCGUUGCGAAAGGCGUUUGUUGACUCGAAGAGGUGCGGCGACGCUCGUGAAGGGAUCGAAGGUGGAGUGCUGGCUCUUGUGUCACUGCCGCGUGAGAACGACGACGACACAGCACGUCGAGUCCAACUCGGUGCAGCAUUCACGACGCCCUGUAUGGGUGUGGGCUACUUGCAGUGUCGGGCCAAUGCAAAGCCAGAAGCUCGAGUGCAGCUUUUGCGCCGGCCAGAGGUCUCUGCCCGACACCCUCCUGGGAUUGCAGCCAAGAAGUUUGAUGCUGACGGGUGGUUCCAGACUGGCGAUAUCGUCCAGUACAGCAACGACUACAACAGCUUUCGUAUCCGCGGACGUGCAAGCGCCGACAUCCUCAAGACCGCGGGCUACAAGGUGUCAGCUCUGGACGUCGAGCGCGUGCUGUUGACGCAUCCACAGGUACUCGAGUGCGCUGUUUUCGGCCUGCCUGACGAAACGUGGGGGCAGCUUGUAGCCGCCAUCAUACGCUCGAGAGUCCAUGGUAAGAGUGUUGGUCCAGACGCAUUGUCUCCGCCGCUUGUGGAGUUCCUGAAAGAGCACCUUGCAAGCUACCGCGUGCCGCGCAAGUACUUGUUUGUCGACGAAAUUCCUAAAAAUGCCAUGGGAAAAGUGAACAAGAAAGCGCUGUCUGGGAUGUACUCGGAAACGGCGUAG